GUUGAGACUCACACGGGAUCUCCCGUGGCUCCGCCUCAGGGUGACGGCGUUUAAUUGACUAAUCCAAGCAGGUGGAGGCGGAUUUCCUCGGCGGCCGCCAGACUAAAUAUUCCCGUCGGUCCCGCGCACACAAACACAAGAAUCUUCUCCUCCCAGGACUGACUUGAAGGCCCAUUCUUCUGCAAAGCUGCUAGAUCGUCAACUUGUCCUCGGUAGGAAACAUCAUCAUUAUCGGUUUUAUAAUCCAGAGUCAUGGGAAACAGCAAAAGCAGCGCCGUGUCCAAGGAGAUCCUGGAGGACCUGAAGCUCCACACCAAGUUCUCCGAGACGGAGAUCACCCAGUGGUACGACAACUUCCAGAGGCAGUGUCCGAGCGGUCGCCUGACCAAGGAUGAGUUCCAGUCCAUCUACAGCAAGUUUUUCCCAGACAGCGACGGCAACACAUACGCCCAGCACGUCUUCAGAUCCUUCGACAGCAACGACGACGGCACCCUGGACUUCAAGGAGUACAUCAUCGCCCUGCACAUGACCUCCACCGGGAAGACCACCAGGAAGCUGGAGUGGGCCUUCUCGCUCUUCGACGUCGACAAGAACGGCUACAUCACCAAGUCGGAGGUCAAGGAAAUUUGCACGGCCAUUUUCAAGCUGAUUCCCAAAGACGAGGUGUCCAAACUUCCUGCUGACGAGAACACCCCAGAAAAAAGGGCAGAAAAACUGUGGAAGUUCUUUGACAAGGGAGAAAACGAGCGCGUGGCCGAGGGCGAGUUUAUCCAGGGUGUGCUGGACAACGACGAGGCCCUCCGCUUGAUCCAGUACCAGCCCCCCAAGUAACAGCCAUUUACAAUUUUCUUUCAUUUACAAUUAAUAAUUGUUUUUUUUUUUUUUUUAAGAACAAAAUACAUACAUAUAUAUAUAUAUAUAUAUAUUUGAGAAACAAGGCAUCUUUUCCAGAAUAAAAGGCAUAUAAUUAUUACAGGACUAAAGACAACCACCAAAGCAUGUAAUUCCACUUCCUGUUUCCUGUCACAUGACUAAGUCACUUUCGUUGAGCUUCUCAGCCCAAAUGUGCCCUCCUUGAUGUUUUAUUGUCAAUAAAUGCGGAUUCAAACUACAGUUCUACUAUUUCACUCCACAAAAAAAAUAAAGUUUUGUUACACACAAAUUA